AUGUGGUAUUCAAGUAUGAUUGCUUGUGAACGUCUUUUUAUAGAAUGUUUUGAUUGUGCUUUGUAUGCGACAAGGCAACGUGCUUGUCUUCUUUCAUUUAUUUUAUUUAUAUUUGUUUUGCUUACACAAAUACCUACACUCUUAUUAUAUUUUGGUGGAUUUUCUGCAUCAACAGUUAUUCCUAUUUUAACAAAAACUGUAAAAUGUAUUGAAUUUGGUACUGUUCUAAUAACAUGUCUUCUACAUAUUGUAUCAAGUCUCUUUGUGCUCAAAAACAUUAGUGUACAUAAAGUCUAUAUUAAUUUAGGUGAACAAGAAUAUUGGUUUGUUUGGAGACAACAAAUGAAGAAACAUAUGGAUUUUUUUGUACCACCACUAUGUUAUAUCCUAUGUAUAUUACCAUGGUACCUUUUUAAACAUGUGAUUUACUCCUGUAAUCGUGUUAGUCCAACAACGACUCUACGACUAUAUUUUAUUCUGAUAGCACUAGCAAAUGUACCAUUUACAAUGACAUUUCUAAUUUAUAUUUAUCCAUCGAAAGUUUAUAUGAAUGAAUUCAGACGUUCAUUAGCUGUGUUGGUGGCAAAAAUACUUAUUUAUGGAUCUCAUCGAAAAAGAACCGGUAGUGAUUUGUCAAAUGUCACACAGAAUUCUUCCAUAGCAUGA